GACCGCGCAUGGGACUGCAUCGUCGGAGAGGGGAGAGCGGGCAGCAGAGGGUGACAACGUCCUCUGCUGCCCGCGGAUAAACAGAGAAGGAAGUGACGCGCCACCAUCAGCGUCAGCCUGAGGAAGUUUGCAGCCGCAAACGAAACGUAGCGGGAAAACAGGUAAUGGAACUGUUUCUGUGUUUUAAAAAGAUCUACGGCAUCCAAUGACCUUGUCGUCUGUUGCUUUCCUUGACCUUUCAGUGAGUGGCAUGUCUGUGAGACGCCCAGUGUUUGUGUCCGACAUCGAGGCUUUUUCUUUCCGGUUGGGCGAAGACCUUCUCAACCACUUUAAGCCUAUUGUUCCAGUUGGUGGGUGGAGGCACUGGACACGGUUGACUCAACCAGCUUCCUGCUGCUCUGGGUUCCGGUUCUUCUGGAGUUCUGGACAUUCUAUGGUUUUCCUGCUAUGGUUUUCCUAGCUCCUGGCUUUGCUAUGGAUCGCUGCGGAUUGCUGUGAUCUGGUCUGUUUCUCCUCAUGGCUCUGGCUUCCUUCUUCACUCAGGCCACCCUUCCUCUGGACCGCCAGGAGCAACGCAUACAAAAGGGUGACCCCUCCUGGCAGCUCGGGAUUUAUCAGUGACAGGUUGAAGGUGGUGGAUGGGGGAAAGUCUUCCCCUCUCUCUGUCACUUGGAACCAGUUUCCUUUCCUCUCCUUUGAUGUAACCCUCUUUUCUCUCCUCUCUUGUCGGCCGGCUUCCUCCUUGUUACUGCCUGCCUCUUGACUCCUUUCUUUCCCCUUCUGAAGCUCCUCGAGUGAACUGCAGUGGCUCCCAUUUGUAGAGGCAUGAGGGGUGAUUGCUGAUCGGUCGCAGCUGGUGUCGACGGGCAGGCAGGUGUGGAGUCUCAGCGUGCCCCUCUCCGUGGUGCUGAUCCUCUGAACAGCAUAGAGGGCAAGAGCUGGAGGACGCUGUCCAGGGUCCUGAACCAGAAUAAGUUUUCUUCGCAUCAAUAUGUCUCUUCCCAGCUUUGGGUGCAGUCCCCCAGCCUGGCACCAGCAUGAGAGACAUCAGGAAUUUGAGGCACACCUUCUGCAGUGAACACCAGGAAUACUCAAACAAUAACAUAUGCUGUUUAAACUGUAGAGCUGGUGAAUAUGUCAAGUUCCCCUGCACCAAAGCAGGACACAAAGGAACCUGUGAAGAAUGCACCUUUGGAACAUUCACAGAGCAUGCCAACGGCCUAAACCAAUGCUUCAAGUGCACACACUGUCGCUCCGAUCAGGAGGUAGUCGAGCAUUGUACCCUCACACAAGAUACCCAGUGUAAAUGCAAACCAGGAAGGUUCUGUCAUCCGGAGGAGGCGUGUGAAGUAUGUAAGACGUGUUCAAGAUGUAAGAAUGAUGAAGAGGUUUUGAGGAACUGCACGUCCACCUCUGACACUGAGUGCAAGAGAAUCCAAGACCAAGCUGACCCUCCCUCAGAUGCUGUGAUUACUGGAGUUGUGUGUGGUGGCCUGCUGCUGAUCUCUGCUGCUGCUGUUUGGUUUUGCAUGAGGAGAAGCUGUAGAACAGACCCUCAAGGAAGCCCUUCAGACGGACGGAAACAAGAAAAGAAACAAGAGCCUUUUCCCAUACUUGCGCCUGUGAAUGGUAUCGCAUCUCUUAAGGCCUGCUUUGAGUUUUUUAUAGAUCUGGAUAUAGACUACCACCGGAGGUUCUUCCGUGAUCUUGGCCUAACGGACAAUGACAUCAAAAGCAAAGAGCAUCUUCCCUAUGGAGACAAGAUCCAUGAGCUGAUGAACAUCUGGGUGGAGCAAGAGGGUAGAAAGGCCAGCCUGAAUGACCUGCUGGAGAUUUUACUCAACCUUAAUCAAAGAACAACAGCUGAGAAGAUAAAGGACAAGGCAGUUCAAAAUUGUUAUUACUGCUUUGAGAGUUGAUGGCCAUUAAAACCAAAACAUUCUAUUCCUCCAGUGAUGUUUGAAGGCCAUGGGCCACUGAUGUAAGCACAUCCAGCAUGGUGGAGACAGUACGUUUUUUUUUUUUUUUUUUUUUUUUAGAAAUGAACAAAGCUGUUCUGGAAGGUCACAGGGUUAGAGCUUUGACUGAACAGAACUGUGUUAGGAGCUGGAUGUUUAUCUCCAAUAUGUCGUCUAGCUCAGAGGCUUUUCUACUCUCAAGGUUUGUUACUGAGGCAAUCAGGCCCUCGAGUGCAGUCUCUACUAAAAGGUCAAAAGAAAAGGGCUCAGUUUUACCGUCAAUAAAUUAUGUAGCUGAAGUUAUUGUAAAGUCAACAUUGGCUCUUCCAGUGUGUGCGCAUUUGGGGGGGGGGGGUGUGUAAUGACCUGUGAGGGUGAAUGAGUGAUGGGAUGUGAGAAUGAGUUUUUUCAUGAACACAUGUCAUGAACUGAUCACUAGUAGAUCAUUUAAAGGUAAAUGCAUACAGCCUCAAGCAUAUCACUCACCCUGAUCAUGAACUUCUGAACCUCUUCAAAACAAAUGAAGGUAUUUAUAUUAUAAAUUGUUUAAAUUAAUGUAGUACUAUAUCUUAUUUUGCGGUACUUUUCAGUAUUUUAAGCCAAAUGUUAGUUUACAAAAGUACAGUUUCCAUGUGUGAGACUGUAAGAGUUUUUCACCUGGGUUAUUGUAAUGAACUGUGACAUGACUGUCUUAAUUGUUUUCAUGUUUAUUUCAUGAACUAGUGGCUAGUGCUUCUUUGUUAACUCUUUGUUUAUCUGUAAGUUGAUUAGUUCAAAUGUUAAGUAAAAGCAUUGCAAAUCUUU